CUUUUCCCUCAUUAAGAUAAAACAACCACCGCUUUCUAUCAUUUUUAUUAAAUGCUCUAUCAUCAAUAUCAUCAACGUCUCCUCACCCCAGCUUCAGCAAGUAGCCAGCUACAAUCCCCAAACCAAUGAUGCAUCUUCUCUUCCUUCUCACAUUCCUCUUCUACUCCUCUCAAACCUCCGCAUCCUACUCCCAAACAUGCUCCGGCAUAGUACCGUUCCGGCAGCGCACCGACACGAUUUCUAUAACCGACUUCGGCGGUGUCGGCGACGGAAAAACACUCAACACGAAAGCUUUCAGGGAAGCUAUUUACCGGAUCCAGCAUAUUAAGCGACGCGGCGGCACGCUCCUUUAUGUGCCGCCGGGAGUGUACUUAACGGAAAGCUUCAAUCUUACUAGUCAUAUGACUCUUUAUCUUGCUGCUGGUGCUGUUAUUAAAGCUACACAGAGGUUGUGGAAUUGGCCUUUAAUUGCACCUUUACCAUCUUAUGGAAGAGGAAGGGAGCUCCCCGGAGGAAGGUAUAUAAGUUUUAUCCACGGCGAUGGAGUUCGCGAUGUAAUAAUCACAGGUGAGAAUGGGACAAUUGAUGGGCAGGGAGAUGUGUGGUGGAACAUGUGGAGGCAGAGAACUCUUCAAUUUACAAGACCAAACCUUGUUGAAUUUUUGAAUUCAAGAAAUAUUAUUAUUUCAAACGUGAUUUUCAAGAAUUCUCCCUUCUGGAAUAUUCAUCCAGUUUACUGCAGCAAUGUUGUUGUUCGAUAUGUCACAAUUUUGGCUCCUCGUGACUCUCCUAACACUGAUGGAAUUGAUCCAGAUUCCAGUUCAAAUGUUUGCAUAGAGGACUCAUACAUAUCAACAGGAGAUGAUCUUGUGGCUGUGAAGAGUGGAUGGGACGAAUACGGUAUUUCGUAUGGCCGCCCUAGCUCUGAUAUCACGAUCCGGCGUAUAACCGGAUCAUCUCCAUUUGCCGGCAUUGCUGUAGGCAGUGAAACAUCAGGCGGAGUACGGAAUGUACUCGCCGAACACAUCAACCUCUUCAACAUGGGAGUUGGUAUCCACAUUAAGACAAACAUUGGAAGAGGAGGGAUUAUCAAGAAUCUAACAAUGUCUAGUGUGUAUAUCGAAAACGCAAGGACGGGAAUAAAAAUUUCUGGUGAUGUAGGUGAUCAUCCAGAUGAAAAUUUCAACUCUAAUGCUUUGCCAGUUGUGAAGGGAAUCACAAUUAAGAAUGUUUGGGGUGUGCAUGUUUUGCAAGCUGGUUUGAUACAUGGAUUGAGUAAUUCGCCUUUUACUGAUAUUUGUUUCUAUGAUAUUAACCUUCAUGGUGAGACUGGAUCAUCGGCUAGAUCUUCUCCACCUUGGAAGUGUUCUGAUGUUUCAGGAUUUGCUCAUCAGGUUAGUCCUUGGCCAUGUUCUCAGCUAAGCAGCCAAGUGCCUGGAUCAUGUACCAAUUACUAGAGUCUUGAAAUCAGAGAUUAUUCAUCUCAUCAAGUAUUGUGGUUAUAUGAAGUAUUGACACGGAGACCAAACACGACAACGACACAAAUGAAUAUGUUGAAUGUAACCAUAUGUGUCACUGUCGUGUGUCGUGUUAGUGCUACAUAGGUAGUAAUUAAGUGUGUAUUUGAUUGAUUUAUUAUAAUCCAAGCCAAUGAAUCACCUCCUUUGGAAUUAUAUGAUUUGAUAUGCAAGCAAACUUAUUUAUUUU